AUGAAACCAAUGAAUGACACAGAGAUUUCAGAAUUCCUCCUUCUGGGAUUUGCAGAGGACCCAGAACUGCAGCCUCUCAUCUUUGGGCUUUUCCUCUCCAUGUACCUGGUCACUGUGCUGGGGAACCUGCUCAUCAUCCUGGCCACCAUCUCAGACUCCCACCUGCACAAACCCAUGUACUUCUUCCUCUCCAACCUGUCCUUUGUGGACAUCUGCUUCACCUCCACCACCAUCCCAAAGAUGCUGGUGAACAUCCAGACACAGAGCAAGGCCAUCACAUAUGCAGGCUGCAUCACCCAGAUUCAUUUCUUUGUACUCCUUAUAGAGUUGGACAUUCUUCUGUUGACUGUGAUGGCCUAUGACAGGUAUGUGGCCAUCUGUCACCCCCUGCACUACCUGGUCAUCAUGAAGCCCCAUCUCUGUGGAUUGCUAAUUCUGGUGUCCUGGGUGAGGAGCUGCAGUUCUGGGUACACUCAUACCUUGCUGUUGGGCAACCACAUGAAACCAAGGAAUAGCACACAGAUUUCAGAAUUCCUUCUGCUGGGAUUCUCAGAAGACCCAGAAAUGCAGCCCCUCAUCUUUGGGCUUUUCCUCUCCAUGUACCUGGUCACUGUGCUGGGGAAUCUGCUCAUCAUCGUGGCCACCAUCUCAGACUCCCACCUGCACACGCCCAUGUACUUCUUUCUCUCCAACCUGUCCUUUGUGGACAUCUGCUUCACCUCCACCACUGUCCCAAAGAUGCUGGUGAACAUCCAGACACAGAGCAAGGUCAUUACCUACUCAGGCUGCAUCACCCAGAUGUGCUUCUUCAUUCUCUUUGCAGGGCUGGACAACUUUCUCCUGACUGUGAUGGCCUAUGACAGGUUUGUGGCCAUCUGCCACCCCCUGCACUACAUGGUCAUCAUGAAUCCCUGGCUCUGUGUGUUGCUGGUUCUGAUGUCCUGGCUCUCUGUGGUUUCCUUAUUUUAUGGCACAAGCCUAGGUGUGUAUCUCAGCUCUUUUGUGACCCAAAACUCACGCUGUACUGCAGUAACCUCUGUGAUGUACACUGUGGUCACCCCCAUGCUGAACCCCUUCAUCUACAGUCUGAGGAAUAAGGACAUCAAGCGUGCUCUGAGGAGAUACCUGUGA